AUGGGCUCCCCUGCUGCUGCUGCGCUGCCUCCGGAUUCACCCUCCCUCCUUUCUUUCUUUCUGUCUUUCCGCUUUCUCUUUUCCAACUGCGUCCCGGGCUGCUCCCUGGGAGGGGCGCCGGCCGCCGAGCCGCUUGCAAACUCUGUCUGGGACGCGAGCAGGUGCCGCCUCCAUCUGCUAGAACCUGAAAAGCUGCGGGCUGUGCUAGGAGUCGUGCCCCUGCUGCUGGUUCUGCACUGGGAACACGGGGCGGGGAGCCCCCUGCCCAUCACCCCUGUCAAUGCCACCUGUGUCACACGCCACCCAUGUCACAGCAACCUCAUGAGCCAGAUCAGGAACCAACUGGUGCAACUCAACAGCAGUGCCAACGCCCUCUUCAUUCUCUAUUACACGGCCCAGGGGGAGCCGUUCCCCAGCAACCUGGACAAGCUGUGCGGCCCCAACGUGACGGACUUCCCCCCGUUCCACCCCAACGGCACGGAGAAGGCCCGGCUGGUGGAGCUGUACCGCAUCAUCGCCUACCUUGGCGCCUCCCUGGGCAACAUCACGCGGGACCAGAGGACCCUCAACCCCCACGCCGUCGGCCUCCACGGCAAGCUGAACGCCACGGCGGACACGCUGCGCGGCCUCCUGAGCAACGUGCACUGCCGCCUGUGCAGCAAGUACCACGUGGCCCGCGUGGAGGUGGCCUACGGCCCCGACACCUCGGACAAGGACGUCUUCCAGAAGAAGAAGAUGGGCUGCCAGCUCCUGGGGAAGUACAAGCAGGUCAUCGCGCUGCUGGCCCAGGCCUUC